GACGGAACACCGGCUAUAUACUCUCUGCGAUAGCUACGCCGCGUUGCACGUUGCUAGUUAGUUGCAAUGUUGUAGCUAUUAGCACGAUAGCCAUUCCUUUGCUGGGAGGGAGACCCGCCGUUUAGUUUGACGAACCUACGGUGUUAAUUCUCACUCAUUCAUAGUCCAACCAGCAGCCAACUGCUAGCUAACGGACAUUACUCACCUAAAUAGUAGCUAGCUUGUCUUGCCAUUCUCAUAGCCUGGUAGCCCACCCCGGCUAGCUAGCAAGCUACCAGCUAGCCUUCUACCCGUCUUCUCCCUCUGUGCCAACAGUCUCCUGCCCAACCGGAGGACCAUGGCGAUGAGACAGACUCCGCUAACCUGCUCCGGUCACACCCGACCCGUGGUGGACUUGGCCUUCAGUGGAAUCACUCCCUACGGCUACUUCCUCAUCAGCGCCUGCAAAGACGGCAAACCCAUGAUGCGCCAGGGCGACACAGGGGACUGGAUCGGAACGUUUCUGGGUCACAAAGGCGCUGUCUGGGCCACUCUGAACAUGGACGCCACCAAAGCAGCCACCGCCGCAGCUGACUUCACAGCAAAAGUGUGGGAUGCAGUGAGUGGAGACGAGGUCCUCACACUGGCACACAAACACAUUGUCAAGACGGUCACCUUUACUCAGGACAGCAACUGUCUACUGACUGGAGGAAACGACAAGCUGCUUCGCAUCUACGAUCUCAGCAACCCUGAAGCAGCACCUCAGGAGAUUGCAGGUCACACCUCAGCCAUAAAAAAAGCCUUGUGGUGUAACAACGACAAGCAAAUCCUCUCUGCUGCCGACGACAAAACCAUACGCCUGUGGGACAGGAGCUCCAUGGAGCAGGUGAAGACCCUGACGUUCGACACGUCGGUGAGCAGCAUGGAGUAUGUGGCUGAUGGAGAGAUUCUUGUGAUCACAUAUGGAAGGACCGUGGCUUUCUACAACGCUCUGAGCCUGGACCUCAUCAAGACAGUGGAUGCCCCGGCUCCCAUCAACUCAGCGUCCCUCCACCCAGAUAAAGACUUCUUUGUAGCCGGUGGAGAAGACUUCAAGCUCUACAAAUUUGACUACGGCACCAAGGAAGAGCUGGAGUCCUAUAAGGGUCACUUUGGUCCAGUGCACUGUGUUCGCUUCAGUCCGGAUGGUGAGCUGUAUGCCAGCGGCUCUGAGGAUGGCACGCUUCGACUGUGGCAGACGGCUGUGGGGAAAACCUACGGCCUGUGGAAGUGUGUCCUUCCUGAGGACCUGGGGGCAGAGAACUCUGAGCAGCUGUACACUACAGCCCCUGAGAUCAAAGCAUGAGUAGAGAGCAGUGCUGUUUGGAAAUAGGAUGAGAAGAGAAAAGAACGACGGAGAGGAAACGAGCGGAGGGGUGUUCCAGCGUUCUAUCUGGCCCCAGCAAGGAGCAGAGUCCAGACCAUCUCCAUCCAUCAGGAACUGAUGUGGAUGAUAUGACUGCCCUGUCUGUCAUAGACUUACCCAUCGCGCACUUACACAGACACACACAAGGCCAUAGGCUCCCACUGAUUUUAAGCAGUCACGUGGACAUUAUGGGCUGCAGAGUAAAGCAGUAGAGCUGUGAGUGUCGGCUCAUGGCUGCCUGCUUUCUCUCUGAUUAGCUCAGUUCUGUCUUUCUGCUUUAACUUGUUUUAACUUCCCUAAAGCCUUGAACCCAACCCCACAAUCAGCUGUUGCCAAGAUCGGGGUUGGGUUUCAAAAUUAAGAUAUUUAAAGAGCUGGACCAAGGCUCUUUUUUUUCUGUUCAUAGUUACAAGAAUACUAUAGGUAGUUGCACAGUUUGUGCUUAAAUAAGGCGCUUUAAUUUCUUCAAAAACAUUGCUUUGAGUAUCUGCUGCUUUUUGUAAUGUUACUUGUUGAGUCUAAGAAGUCAGUGUUCAAAUUAAAGAAAAUAUUGUUUUGUGACAAAGCAGAGAGGGAAGAAAUGCUGCUGGGUUUUGUUUUUCUCCAUUUUGGUUUCUGUCCUCAGUUAAGUCCAGUGAUGAAAUAAACAAAUGCAUUACUGA